GCUUGUUGCAGUAAGCGCUGAGAUUUGUGCGUGUACAGGUUACUCGUGAAAACUUGUGGAUGAACGAAGAGAAAAUUGAUUUCAUUCAUCAUUGAUUAGCCAAAGAAUCUCGUUUUUGCGUUUUUUGUUUUAUUUGGGAAACAAUAGCAGCUUGUCGUGAGCGCAGAGAAAGGACAAUUAGACGAGUUUGUGACUUUGAACGGUGUUCCCCUGCAUACCUAACAGUAUGCGGUGCAGUCAUGGCAGGCAAGGGUAAAACAGUCGUGAGGACGCUGGAGGAUCUAACUCUGGAUUCUGGUUAUGGUGGAGCUGCGGACUCGGUCAGGUCUUCCAGCGUGUCGCUGUGCUGCUCCGACACGCAUCAGUCCUUGCAUGGGGGCAACUGCUGGCAUCUGACAGAAUCUAUGCACAGCAGACACAACAGUUUGGACACGGUCAACACAGUCCUGGCGGAGGACACGGAGAUACUGGAGGGCUCGGGCCAGAGUGCCAAGCUGCCCGAGCUGGAGGACGUGCCGUGGAGCCUGGGUGAGGUGGAGGGUGCGCUGGGGAAGGAUGAGACUCUGAUGGCUGGGAGCUUACCACCUGAGGUCCUAGCUCGACUUUCAGCUCUCAUCAGCCGCGCACUCGUGAGGGUGGCCCGUGAAGCACAACGCUUGAGCUUGCGCUAUGCCAAGUGCACCAAGCAUGAGAUCCAGAGUGCCAUUAAGAUGGUUCUAUCCUGGACAAUUUCUGUAAACUGUAUCACAGCAGCUGUGAGCGCACUGUCACUCUACAACAUGACCACCGGCGACAAGUUCAGCCGAGGCAAGUCCGCGCGCUGCGGGCUCGUCUUCUCCGUCGGGAAGUUCUUCAGGUGGAUGGUGGAUAGUCGCGUGGCUCUAAGGAUCCACGAGCAUGCAGCUAUUUACCUCGCUGCAUGCAUGGAGAGUCUAUUCCGAGACGUGUUCAGCCGUGUACUGCGCAGCGCGCUGUUGGAGAGAGACAACGGCAUCCCCAAGUUUUCACUCGAGUCACUGGAGCAAGCCAUCAACAGUGACUCUGAGAUCUGGGGUCUUCUGCAGCCCUAUCAGCACCUAAUCUGCGGCAAGAACUCCAGUGGUGAGUGA